UGGACUAACAGAUGAAUGGAGGAGAGGGAUCUUCUCACUCCAUAUUAUCUACAAGUAGAUACCUGCAUUGUGAUGCACCAGCAACCAGAACCCCAACCCAUGGCUACAGACAGUGUCUUCGUUCUCUUCUACUUAUUGGCCUUCCUAUGCAUUCAACUGAUAAAACCCAACGUCUGCGACGGAGCUCUAACCUCAGGCUGCAUCCCUGCCGAAAGAAGUGCUCUACUUGAGUUCAAACGAGGCCUGAAAGAUCCUACCAACAGGCUGUCCUCUUGGGUGGGUGAAGACUGCUGCAAAUGGGAGGGUGUGACUUGCAGCAAUCAUACUGGGCAUGUCGUCAAGCUGGACCUCCACAAUCCGCAUCCUUUAUCUUAUGUUGGUGGCGAGGCAUACAACAACUGGACCUUAGGAGGUGAGUUGAGGCCUUCUUUACUUGGUCUGAAGCACCUAAAGUACCUGGACCUAAGCAUGAACAAUUUUGGAGGCAUUAGUAUUCCAGAAUUCAUGGGGUCAUUCCAUAAUCUCCAAUAUCUUAUCCUCUCCAGUGCUGGAUUGGGUGGACUCCUACCUCACCAGCUGGGAAAUCUCUCCAAUCUGCAGUAUCUAGACUUAAACAAUGACAUUUUUGUGGCUCCGGUCCAUGAAUUUAGAAUUGGUGAUGCACUCUGGAUUUCUCACCUUUCUUCUCUAAAGCAUCUCAACCUGAACAGUGUCAACUUUCAAAAUGGUACUCACUGGAUGGAAGCUCUGAACAUGCUUCCUUCUAUCGUGGAGAUAUACUUAUCUGAAUGUGCAAUUGGACGUGUUCCCCUCUCUCUUCCACAUGUGAACUUUACAUCACUGUCUGUUCUUGAUUUGUCAGAAAAUUUCAUUAACUCUACGAUGCCCUCUUGGUUAUCCAACAUAAGUGGCCUUGAGCACCUUGAUCUCGGUUACAACAACCUUCAGGGUAAUAUUCCACCGACCUUUGGUAACUUGGCUUCCCUCGAGGAACUUAAUUUAGCUAACAAUUCUCUUCAAGGAGGAAUACCCACUUCCUUCAAAAAUCUGUGCAGGCUGCAGAAUUUAAUAUUGAGAGCCAUCAAUAUCAGCAAAGAUUUGUUAGAACUCGAUGAAAUUUUCUCUGGUUGCAUCAAGAUGAGCUUAGAGAGCCUGGACUUAUCCGAAACGAAUAUUCGUGGGCAGCUGCCUGAAUGGUUAUUCCAACUCAGGAAGCUUAAAUCACUCCAGUUGGAGCAGAAUCUGAUUUCUGGUCCUAUUCCUGUAUCAAUUGGACAACUAGCAUCACUCCAAGAGCUCUAUCUUGGGGUAAAUCAGUUGAACGAAACUAUACCAGAAAGUGUCUGGUGGCUAUCUCAGCUAGUCGUUUUGGACCUUGGGCACAACAAUUUGGAGGGUGUAAUGUCUGAGGCGCAUCUUGGAAACCUCACAGAAUUGAAAUACUUAAUUUUGUCGUCCAACUCCUUGGCUCUGAAGGUCAAGAGCAAUUGGAUUCCUCCCUUCCGGCUUGAAUUCCUUUUGAUGGGCUCUUGCAAACUGGGUCCUGAGUUCCCUGCAUGGCUCCAGUCGCAAAUAAAUAUUUUCGAAAUUGAUAUGUCUAAUGCUAGUAUUAUUGAUGCUAUGCCAAACUGGUUUUGGAGCUUAAUUUCCACAGCAGGAUCCGUGAGUAUCUCCGGCAAUCAGAUCAGUGGCCACGUACCAAAUUUAUUGCAUUUAAACAACCUCAUCGAGUUGGAUUUAAGUUCAAACUACUUCGAGGGUCCUCUUCCGUAUUUUCCUCCUAGAAUGUAUUAUUUAGAUUUUUCAAAUAAUUCAUUCUCGGGAACAAUUUCACUUGACAUCAUCAUGAAUAUGCCUUACCUCAUAUAUUUAUCGCUUUCAAAAAAUAAUUUAAGUGGCCAAAUUCCCUUCUCUGUAUGCCAACUGCAGGCCUUAUGGGUUCUUGAUCUUUCAAAAAAUAUGUUGUCAGGAGAGAUCCCCAAUUGUUGGAAUAAUUUUUCCAGUAUCAAAGAUAUGGAUUUUUCAAGCAACAACAUAUCUGGAGUUAUUCCGGAGACAAUAUGUUCCAUAGAAUCGCUUCUGUCAUUGCACUUGAGCAGUAAUAGUUUAUCUGGAGAGUUGCCUUUGUCAUUGAAAUGUUGUACGAAAUUAGUCCUUCUUGAUGCUGGACAUAAUGAUUUGAAAGGUGAAAUUCCAACUUGAA